AUACAUUGACAAAAAACAAAAGACAAUAAGACAAAAAAUGCCAGACGGAGCGGCGUAGUCGCCAGCGUUGACACCAGAUGACAAAAACAUUUUGAUCAUUGAUCAGGACUUACAAACUGGACCUAUUAAUAAUGUUCUUCAGAGGUAGCCUAUACUAAAUUGUGUUAAUGUGGGACACUGCCUAAUGUUGGACACCGCCUAAUGUGGGACACCUAAACUCCAGUGGGUGUGGCUCUUCUUCAAACUAAUGAAUGUCAUUGAAACUAUGGGAAAGCCAAAGCUGUAGGGUCCUGAUCAAAAUUGGAUGUGGAUGUAGCCUAAUGUGUUGCCCUCACAUUGUAGACUAGCUUAAUAUAGCCUAAAAGUCCGAAAAUCAAAACAUUUCCCACAUUAGGGCAAUCCACCCUAUCCAUGGCUAUAGCCUACAGACAUAGGGAGUCCCGACAAAAAGUUUUAGGCGAACCUAAACGGUUAAUCAAAUGGAUUUCAAAUUGAAAAUGUGGAUGUAAAGAAAAUAGGCGUAGGCGUGUGGAGUGUAACGGUAGGCUACAUGGUGCGUAUUAGGAGAGGUAGGCUAAAUAACGGCCAAGCUGUAUUCCUAAUUUGGCUUGAGAUGGGCGGGUGCUGAACGCUGGUAAUUUCCCUUCUUUUUAACUUGAGCGAAGUUGGAACUGGUUCGCAAGACGUGUUGCUUCAGGCGUAGCAUUCAGGAACUCUGAAGACCAGCCUACUGACAAGGAAAGUUUUGAACAAAGCCUUGGUCAAACCUGCGUCCAUAAUGCCUUUGGUUGUGAUGUACUCCUCUCCACUGCUGUGGACGCGCGUGCUGGCCAUGCUGUUUGCCUGCGUGGCCUUCAGUGUGGCGAUCCACGGUGCGCUGGUGAUGGACCAGCCGGCGGGCGACUGGUGUCUGUUCAGCUGGGGCUUCAGCUUCGCCGGGUCGGCGCUGGUGCUGCUGGUGGAGCUGUGUGGCCUUCAGGCGCGCAUGCCCGUCUCCUGGAAGAACUUCCCCAUCACCUUUGCCUGCUACGCCUCGCUCUUCUGCCUGUCCGCCACCAUCAUCUUCCCCCUGUACUUCCUGAAGGGCAGCAACACUCGCAGUGAGUCCCACGACUACCGCGUCGUCUCGCUGGUCUUCUCCUGCCUGGCCACCGUUGGCUACCUGACGGAGGUGAGCAUCAGCAAGGCGCGGCCCGGCGAGGUGGUCGGUUACAUGGCCACUGUGCCCGGCCUGCUGAAGGUCUGCGAGACCUUUGUGGCCUGCAUCAUCUUCGUGUUCAUCAGCGACCCCAUCGCCUACGACAGUCACGCAGCGCUCAAAUGGUGCCUGGCCGUCUACUGCAUCUGCUUCAUCCUGUCCGCCGUGGUCAUCAUCCUGUGCGUGGGCGAGUGCACCGGCUGCCUACCCUUCCCCUUUGCGCGUUUCCUGUCCGCCUACGCCACGCUGGCCGUCUUGAUGUACCUGUCUGCCACCAUCAUCUGGCCCAUCUUCAAGUUCGACAGGAAGCACGGAGGAAACCCCUCGAGACCCUCCACGUGCGGUCGCUACACGGGCCUGUGUCCUUACGACAAGCUGAUGGCCGUGGCUGUGCUCACGGGCGUCAACCUCAUCCUGUACAUCGCUGAUUUGAUAUACUCUGCCAGGCUGGUGUUUGUUGCUGUUUGAGUCAAAAGAACAGACAGAAAGAGAGAGAGAGGAGAGGGGGAGGAGAGAAAAAGUAAAUGAUGAAAGAAAAGAUGAAUGAAAAGACAAAGAGGUUAUGAUAGACCAAGAAAAAUCAGAGGAACUCAGAAAUCACUGUUAAUCCGUGUUUUACCAUUUAUCAGUAUUUUGAUCAGAAAUCAGUAGUCGCCAAAGUUGCUUUCGCUUACAUCAUAUGUAUCAAAGAACUACACUGAUCAUUAAGAAGUAUUAUAAAAUGGAGAUGAAACGUGCAGCUAUAAUGAAAGAAGGCUUGCUACCUGAUGUUUUGUUUUUUUCAAUCCUUUCAUUAUUCCCAUGCAAUGCAUGUCACAAUAAAAAACUUGAAAAAAUGAAAUGAUCAAUAAUACUUACCAUAAAAACUGUUCCUAAAACUGACUGCUUAUGCAACCACUGAUCUUGUGUUUUGUGGUCAAAUGAGUCAUGUCAAGGCUGAAGUUUUUUAAAAUUUCUAUCUGUGGAGAUUGUGCUUAUACAUAUAUAUAUAUAUAUAUAUAUAUAU